AAUCUGUCUGCCUGCCUAGCUAAGAACAUAUUAGAGCGAACACUACCCGCUUUGAGUUCGGUCUUGAAAGACAACCGAAGAGUCACAUAGAACAAUACUCCUCAAAGAUGUUGAACUCCAGCUUUCCAACAGUGUGGACCACUGAGCCCAUCACUGUGCUGACCAACUACACCCAAGACUACCACUUCGAAGCAAAGUCACUGAUCACUACAUGGGUGUUUUUCACCCAACUCAUCACCUUCAACAAUUUCUGGAAACUGUCGACGUUGGUGCUCCUUCUCAUCAACAUCAAAGUCUUUCCCUUUGUCUACCAUCUCCGCAUUCUCAAUGGUCUCCGCUUCGUCCUGCGGUCUCAACGGCCCAAGAGAGAUGUUGGACCUGAAAACCUGUUUCAGCCGAUCAUCACGUCCUCCAAGGCUCCCCUGAUGGAGAUCGAUGUGUUCGGCCACAAGUCCAACAGUACCUAUUUUUGUGACAUCGACAUUGCGAGGGUGCACUUGAUCACCACCUUGUUCGGCAAUGGGAUUGCCAAUAUCCGUGGAGACACUACGAUGAACGGCCUGCGUGGCAAACCAUCCAGCAAAUUCAGCGUGGCGUUGGGUGCAGUCAGCUGUGUCUUCCGGAAAGAGAUACUUCCAUACGAAACCUACGAUAUGUGGACAAAAGUCCUCGCUUGGGACGACAAGUGGUUCUACCUGGUCACACACUUUGUCAAAAAAGGGCACAAGAUCGAGCCUCGUCGAUCUUCCCUGUAUCCCCAACAAAACAAAAAUAGGUCAGCACAAGACCAGAGUGAAGAUCAAGAGGAUACUGCUAUUUUCAACACCGAGACAACGGAUAGCACUGCAGGACCGGCAACAGCUCCCAUCGCAGCUUCCGCUCUCAGCAAAGUCGUUUACAAGAACGGCCGAAUCACCAUUCGGCCCAAAGAGAUGCUCGAGAAGGCGGGUUUGAUGCCUGUGAUCCAAUCAGGCGACGACAAGGAUGAGGCGGCUGGCGAAGAUCCCGAGAAGAUCAAGCUCGCAACGGCCAUCGAGGCCGAGAGACAACGCGGGAUGCGGAUCGCAGCGCUCUUGUCAGAGCAAAGUGCAUUGGAAGGCGAAUUCAACAGCGACACUGCAUUGGGCAGACACUACGAUGGCAUUGGAGUGGAAGGCGUUGUUGCGACAUUGGCGCAGCUCGGCAAAGUCUCUCCAUAUCAGCUUGUUUGAGGCGUUACUGUGUAACGGCUUAUCAAGGACUGGGAUUGCCCAUGUUCAACGCUGUGCGUUUGUCUGGGAAUGCCCAUGUUUAAUGACCCCGGUGUUCAGGAUGUGCG